AUGUCCCAGCCGUCUGACCAGCAGAGCGGCAGCGCCUCUGGCAGUGCCGUGUCGACAUCAUCAUCAACUAACCCCAGGACAUCCACGACGACGUCAUUCAACGAAGAGCUCCAUUCUAACACAGCUCUCGACCACAUACUGAAAUUCCUCAGGAAACAAAUAGUGUCCAACGGCUGGAUACCAGUCGAGCCGAGGCUCCAAAAGCAGAGUGGCCUAUGCGUGCUCUACCGCAAGUCGCGGGGCCACUAUAUCAUGCUCCCGUCGGACAUCAACCCGGAGCUCGUGGCAUGCGUGUCGCGGCUCAACGUGACGGCAGCAUUCACGAUGAAGCCGGAGCUUCUCGACAGCAUCGUCGAGACCCUGGGUCCAGAGCAGACAGAACUGAAAUUCAUAGACGGCUCGCAGCUGCAGGUCAGCGAGUCGUUUGCGUCCAUGACGCACUCCAACGUCAAGAAGUUCCAGUACGCCAGCCUGGUGCGGCGUGAGGCUGUGCUCCUGGUCUGGCACGACGAUGUGCAGCAGCUUGUUCCCAUGGCGGCCAAGCUGGAGCGGAAGCUCAUUGCGUUGAUAUGGGGCACUGGGUCGCUGCCUUUGGGCGUUGUGUCGUCAAGUACCGCUUCGACAUCCUUCAGCUCGUCGAGCAACGGCGGCGCUGGGGAGGAGGAGAUGCUGGGCGGGCUUACCAACGAGAGCAACGAGGCUUUGGACAAGGACGAGGCUUUGGACAAGGACGAGGCAGCAAACGCCGUCGAGUCUCUCUAA